UGACACGCCUAACACUAUUUGUUACUAGGAAAGUGAAGUGUCACUGCGACAAACAAUUGUUACACUAAAAACAUGGAUAAUUCCGAUAGAAUAAACGAUAGAUUACAACCAGAUUUAAGUCCUAGUGAAGUGAGAACUAGAAAUGGUUCCGUAGAAUCUAAUGUUAAUAGUGCUGUCGAAAUGACUUCUUCUAUAGAAACAAUAGUGUUUGAUAGUAAUUUAAUGAAGACGUCAACCCAUGCCGAGGAUCUAGCAGCCACGUGGGGCGGCCGCUGUUCCUUGCCUGAUUCCGGGAGAAUGCGCAGAGCACAUUCAUGGUCAGGAGGACCAGCUGACGACAGUACCUCUGAAAUAAGAAUCUUAAGGGAAAGAUUAGUCCGAACUCAGACGUGUCCCCGGCCGAGCGCGGUGCGCCAUCUCUCGCGUCGCCAGCGGCUGACACUGGCGUCUCUGGCGCUAGUGGACUUCAUGAGCUUCUGCUCCAUGAGCAUAAUGGCGCCGUUCUUCCCGCGCGAGGCCAACGCCAAGGGACUCUCAGAUACCAUGUGUGGAAUGGUUUUCAGCUUUUACGCUGUUGUCAUGUUUCUAACCUCGCCGUUGUUCGGGAAAUUCUUGCCAGCAAUGGGUGCUAAGUUUAUGUUCAUCGCGGGAAUGUUUGUCGCCGGCGCUUGCAACGUGUUAUUUGGGACUCUAGUAAUGGUGCAGGAUUCUUCAACAUUUACGAUUUUGUGCUUCGUGGUGCGAGGUAUGGAGGCGCUGGGAGCGAGCGCGUAUUCUACGGCCAGCUAUGUGUUCGUCGUCAACGCCUUCCCUGACAGCAUCGGAACCGUGCUCGGGAUUCUCGAGACGUUUGUCGGUCUCGGAAUGUCUGUCGGCCCGGCUAUCGGUGGACUUCUUUAUUCGAUCGGGGGAUUCGGUGUUCCAUUCUACAGUCUUGGAGUAGUGAUGGUGCUGACCGUACCAAUUAACUUUUUUCUCCUCUCCGAUUGUGAAGAAUAUGUAUCCGGCUCUAAAACAGCGUCUAUAAUACGAUUGUUCAAAAUACCCUCAAUCAUAAUAACUGGUCUGGUUAUCGUCAUCGUGUCCAACACGUGGGCGUUCCUAGACCCGACGUUGGAGCCACAUUUACGACAGUUCGGUCUCUCCACUGAACAAAUAGGCUUGAUAUUUUUAUUAUUCUCCAGUCUUUAUGGAAUCUUUAGUCCAAUAUGGGGCUGGGUGGCUGACAGAGUGCAUAACCACUGGUGUAUGAUGGUAUGGGGCCUAUUUCUGUCGACAAUCGGACUGUUACUCCUUGGCCCUUGUCCGUUUAUACCAGGCUUAUCUCGUGACCUGUGGCUCGAUCUUGUAGCGCUUUCCAUACUGGGCAUAUCUGUGGCGUUAACACUGCUGCCGACAUUCCAAGGAGUGCUCACAAGUUCUAUUUUCGAGGGCGGGUGCCCGGAGGCGCUGGCGACGUACAGCGCGGUGGCGGGCGUGUGGUCGUGCUGCUACUCGCUGGGCGAGGUGCUGGGCCCCGCGCUGGGCGGCGCGCUCGCGCAGCGCUACGGCUUCCCACUCUGCGCCACUCUGUGCGCCGCCGCCUGCUUUGUUAUGGCUAUAGUGACACUAACUUUCUUCUCGCUGAGGGAGUCUUCCAAGUGGAUAGAAGUAGAAUCACUGGGAGACUCUGUGCACACAGACAGCACUUGGCACAGCAACUACUGCACACGCAGCGCCCCCUACACGCGUACGCAGGAAAACUCCCCGCUCAUCUCACCCUGCUCAUGUUCUGUUAAAAACGGUUACGCGUUAUCAGGAUACGGUACUUCGUAUCCUCGACAAUUCUGUUUAAAACACAUAAAACAGAAAAAGAGUGGUUGGGCAAGCGCAAAAGAAGUCACGACAUAUUUUCUUAAAUUCCAAUAUCUAACUAACGCCUAUAUAAAAAUACGAAGAUUACGUAAACGCAAAAGUAACAGAGCAAAUGAUGAAUUAUAUCAAAACUAUUUAGGAAACGAUGAAAACGAUAAUAAUACACAAGGUAAAGAAUUAAAAAAUGGCAAUUCCGCUAUUAAUAUUAAGGUUAAUAAAAAUCUUGAUUGUGAUAAAAUAGACAGACAGAAUAGUUACUGCGUAUAUUUAGACAAUGCCAUUUUUGGCAGCCCUGUUGUAAUGGCGAAUGUAAAUUCAGACAACUUGAUAGUAAAGAGAAACCACAAAGGCCUGGUGGCGAAAGUGAACACUGAAGACGACAGAAGAACGUCUGAUGAAAUAAUAAAGCAUAAUUUACAAAAAGUACACUUCUACGAACAAAACCCGGCUUGCUCAUCACGUGAAGAUAUUUUUGAUGCUUGUGACUGCAAAGAUGGUGUCACGUAUGUUAGAGGAACCGUCACAGUAUCGUCUACAGGCGCUUGUGAAGUCUAAUUAUAACUAAUUUAGAUAAAUUCAAGUGAUUUUAACUUAAAUUAAU